CAGAACUGCUGCCCACAUGCAGUCCUGGACACAGCCCCUAGCCCAGACUCUACCCUUCUCCCUUGGAGGAGCCCUUCGAGAUGCUGGGCUCCGGGUGCCUGUCAUUAAGAUGGGCACAGGGUGGGAGGGCCUGCAUCGGACCCUGAAGGAAAUAGCCUACAUCCUCCUCUGCUGCUGGUGUAUCAAGGAAUUACUGGACUAAUAGCAGCAGGGAGCUACCUCCUCUCCCUCUCUGGCACCAUGACUGCUGGCAUCACUCAGCCCCAUCGUGACUCCUCAGGCCAGCUGUGCUCAGCCAACAAUGAGCCACAAAUGAGUGAAGAGUGAAGUGUGGAUCC